UCAAGUCAUAAAAAAUACUUAAAAACACUUGCUUGACAUCAGACGUAAAGACCGAUGUUUUUAUUUCGCGACAGUGUAAAUUUUUACACAAAUAUUGAUGCUUUUUUAAUAUUGAUUAAAGUGCGUUAUUGAUUGUUUUUCAUCAGUUUUAUUUCGAAAGAAUAUUAAUUUGAGAAUGUCAAAGUCUGAGAAAGAAAAUACUAAAAAUGAACCCGUCAAUGGAAUCGUUCAACCACCAGUUGUUCCAUCAGACCGACCGGGACGAUUGACGAAUCAACUUUUAUUCCUAUAUAACCCUGUUUUAAAAGCUGUAUAUAGUCAUCGGUAUGCUUGGCCAUUUCAUCACCCUGUAGAUGCAAUACAACAAAAUUUACCUGAUUAUCAUGAUCUUAUAAAAAAUCCUAUGGAUCUAAACACAAUAAAGAAGAGAUUAGAAAAUAAUUAUUAUUGGACAGGAAAAGAAUGCAUUCAAGACUUCAAUUAUGUAUUUUCAAAUUGUUACAUAUAUAAUAAUGCAACUGAUGAUGUUGUUCAUAUGGCGCAAGCAGUCGAAACAUUAUUUUUAACAAAGGUUUGUGAAAUGCCAAAAAUUGAAAUAGAAGUAGAACGAUCUUCAUUAAAAAUUUGGAAACCUAAAGAUUAAAGACAAGAGAUACCAGC